CUAUGAACGGGAUACCUAGUCUUGAUCAUUGAGCAACAUCAACUGGAUUGCUUUCAAAAAGUUGAGAACGACCACUGAGCAUCAGGUGUAGAGUGUGGAUUUUACUUUUUACAGAGAGACGGUAAUGGUGAGAGCGACAGUCGCUUCGGAACGAGAGUGUGGUGCGGCCAAUCGCGAAGUGAAAGCGAAGACAUCAAGUUGGUUGCUUUAGUUUAGGAACAAUCUAGUUCCUUCCGUGAAAGAUAUCGCUCCAGCCAGCUGUUGUCGGAGUACAUACAGCGGUUUAGUGUGUUCGCGGGUCAAAGUGAAGCGAGGGACAAGUGCAACUAGAUUCGGAAAAAAGAUCAGGAAUAAAGACCUUUUUGAUCAGAAUGUCCACCAACAGCAGUAGGCGUGGAACGCGAAGCAAACGGAACAAGCCAAACCAAAUGAUAAAGGACAUAGCCUACAGCGUUGUGUUCAACAUUUUUGUGAUAAUACAUCUGCUAAUUGAUCAUCUGGUUGAACUGGUGCUAAAAUGGUACUGGGGACCAAGUCGUGCGAGAUGCCCUCCGCUUCAGAGGAAAAGUAUCAUAGUGACCUACAGCGUGCAGGAGCUGGCGAAAAUGAUCCGAACCAAAGAGGUGACCUGUCUGGAGGUGGUCAGUGCGUACAUCGACCGCCUUAAUGAGGUCAACCCGGUUGUGAACGCUGUCAUUGAUGGGCCCUUCGUCGAAGCGCUGGAGGAGGCCAAAGCGAUCGACGAUCGCAUCCAGCGCGGGCUCGUUUCGGAAAAUGAGUUCAAAGAAAAGCCCUUCCUGGGAGUACCCUUCACGACCAAGGAUAGCACUGCCGUGAAGGACAGGUUGCACACGCUGGGCAUCACCGCCCGGAGGCACGUGAAAGCCAAGGAAGACGCCGAGUGCGUUCGGUUGAUGAAGGAAGCGGGUGCUAUCAUUAUCGCCACCACCAGCAUUCCGGAAAUUAAUCGAUGGCAAGAAACGAGAAACAAUCUGAUCGGCCAAACCAACAACCCAUACGACAGCCGGCGCACGGUCGGUGGCUCCAGUGGAGGAGAAGGAGCACUAAUUGCGGCUUGUGGCACUGCCUUCGGACUAGGAACCGACAUUGGAGGCUCGAUCCGUAUGCCAGCCUUUUAUUGCGGAAUCUACGGUCAUAAACCCACAUCGAACAUUGUCAAUACUCGUGGUUGCUCUCUACGUACCGGCAGGGAAGCCUCCACCAUGGUCGUUGCCGGGCCGAUGACGCGUUUUGCAUCCGACUUACGGCCAAUCAUGAAGACCCUUGUUGGACCGAAGGCUUCCCAAGCUCUCAAGCUAGACGAAAAGACUGAUCUCAAGAAAUUACGAUACUUCUACAUUCCCAGUUCGGGAGAUAUCAAGUGCAGUUCGGUGCAUCCGCAGUUGCAGCGAGCCAUGAACCGUGUCGUGGAACACUUCCAGACUAUUGCUCCCACUGGGGUUGAGAAGGUGACGCUGAGUGGUACCGAGAAGACCACCAACAUGUGGCGCUACUGGAUGACCCAAGAGCCGGCAAAUUUCGGAAACCUGCUAGGAAACGGGAAGCAGUUGUCGCCGCUGGUCGAGCUGGCCAAGAAGCUCACCGGGAACAGCGAGUACACCAUGGCCGCUAUCUACUCACUGAUCGAUAGCAUUCUGCCGCAGGAGAAUGCCGACAAGAUCAAAGAAAUAACUCGACAGUGCGACCAGGAGCUGACGGAACUGCUCGGCGACGAUGGAGUGCUGUUUUACCACAGUACGACCCAUGCCGCUCCGUACCAUUAUUCGGCUUUCGUGAACAUCUACAACUUCAGCUACUGGUGUCUGUUCAAUGUUUUGCACGUUCCAGCUACUCAGAUCCCGCUGGGAUUGGAUCCGGACGGUUUGCCGCUGGGAAUUCAGGUUGUUGCCAGCCGGAACCGCGAUCGGCACUGUUUGGCCGUGGCCGAAGAGAUCGAGCGUAAGUUCAAUGGGCACAUCCCACCGUUUAUCGUUGACUAAGACUGGAGACGGAAGAUUCCGAUUUAGUUUUGUUUAGUUAACUUGUUUUGUGAGUUUGUGACCUCUUUUUUUUAGUAAUUGUAAGGUGCUCUUCGGGUGAUCAGGAUUAAUUUUACUGUAAUGUAUGUUGAGGCUAUAACUCAAAGCCAAUCUGUUGAUGAUCAUAUUUCAAUGUUGGAAUGGAAACGAAAUAAAUGAGAUUCAAAUUUCUAUGAAUAGCUACAA